GGUGACUUAGCCCUAAUUGGCAGCAAUGAUGAAGCGAGCGGCUAUGGGGGCGAUGGGCUUCACGCGCGCUGCUGGAGCACGGGGCGCUGGGGCUUGGAGCAGCCGAUUCUCGCAGCUGUCGACGGCGGGGCGGGACACGGAUGCGCAGGACGACGCCAAGGCGGCGGCGCUCAAGGCGCCCGCGCGAGACGACGCGGAAUCCCACGACGACUUCAAGCCAGUGGUGAAGACCCCGAGUGGAUCAGUGCACGAUACCAUCGAGAAGGACAUCAAGGAGAAUCCCGUGAUGGUUUACAUGAAGGGCAUUCCCGACGCUCCGCAGUGUGGAUUCAGUGCGAUGGUGGUCAGAAUUCUCAAGCAUUACGAGGUUCCUUUCAGUUCUAGAAAUGUGCUCGAAGAUCCCGAGCUCAGGGAGGGUGUGAAGUCUUUCAGCAAAUGGCCGACUGUUCCACAACUUUAUAUUCGAGGAGAGUUCGUUGGUGGCUGUGACAUAGUAACAGAUAUGCAUCGGAAUGGCCAGCUCGAGGAGAAACUCAAAGACGUGAAGCCAGAUCUAUGAGAUACUAAACUGGAAACUCGUGAACCUUAGAGGAAAACUUUUGCAGUUUGACAAAGAGAAAACAGUUCCAAAAUGCUUGAUCUUUAGAGUUAUCACUGAAUGAAAGAAGCUCGCUCAAGUUUUCUAGAAAA